AUUCAUAUGUUGAUACAAUAAAUACAAUAAUAUCAAUAUCAAGGGGAUCGAAAAAGAAAAUGAUAAUGGAGGCAGCGAUGUUACCUAUUGCAAGGACUUCAUCUAUUGAAAGAGAGCCUAGGACUCUCAACAUCGAUCAAAUUCAAUGUGCAAGGGAUUUAGCAAUAUACAUAAUGAACACCAAGAGCUUUGAAGAAGCUUCAAGAAUUUUCACGGAGGGGUUGCAGCCAGUGGUUAGUGGUGGUCGUAGUAUGGGAUCAUCAUCAUGUGCAAGGAUGAACAUGGAUUCAGGGGAAGAUCUAGAACUAGAACUUGAGCUGGAUCAACUGGAACCGAUGAACAUGAAAUAUGCAGCAAGAGAAACACCUGCAGCAGCAGCAGCAUUCAAGGACAUAGCAUCUGCACCUUUCUAGACCAAUAUACAUUAGCUCAAUCAAAUAGAUAGCCAAAUGAUUUUUACACGCUCAAAAUUUUGCAAUAUGUGAAAUUUUUGUAUAUAUAUAGUGUAUAUACCUCUCUUUAAUUUUCUUAAAUACAAAUCAAUUUUGGUUGUC